AUGGAGCCGGUUCCCAGCUCGCGUUGCCUCUGCGCCGGGCUGCUAGUGCUCGUGGCCACUGCUGUCUUUCACGCCGUCGCGGCGCAAGGAGAAGCUGGGCUCACCGUGGCGGCCCGGCACGAGCAGUGGAUGGCCAAGUUCGGGCGCGUGUACACGGACGCCAACGAGAAGGCGCGGCGGCAGGCGGUGUUCGGGGCCAACGCGCGGUACGUGGACGCCGUCAACCGGGCUGGCAACCGCACGUACACGCUCGGGCUCAACGAGUUCUCGGACCUUACCGACAACGAGUUCGCCAAGACGCAUCUGGGGUACCGCGAGUUUCGACCAGAAACGGCGAACAUUUCCAAGGGUGUCGAUCCGGGUUAUGGCCUGGCCGGCAACAUUCCCAAGAGCUUUGACUGGAGAACCAAGGGCGCCGUCACCGAAGUGAAGAGUCAAGGCGGAUGUGGGUGUUGCUGGGCGUUCGCGGCGGUGGCGGCAACGGAGGGGCUGGUCAAGAUCGCGAAGGGAACCCUGAUCUCCAUGUCGGAGCAGCAGGUGCUGGACUGCACGACCGGCAACAACACCUGCAAAGGCGGCUACAUGAACGACGCGCUCAGCUACGUGUUCGCCAGCGGCGGGCUGCAGACGGAGGAAGACUACGAGUACAACGCCGAGAAGGGCGCGUGCCGCAGAGACGUCACGCCGAACCCGGCGACCUCCGUUGGCCACGCCGAGUACAUGCCCCUGGACGGCAACGAGUUCUUGCUCCAGAAGCUCGUGGCCAGGCAGCCGGUGGUCGUGGCCGUGGAAGCCUAUGGCACGGACUUCAAGAACUACGGGGGCGGCGUGUUCACGGGUAGCCCGUCGUGCGGGCAGAACCUGGAUCACUUCUUUACGGUGGUGGGCUAUGGGUUCGCGGACGGCGGGAAGCAAAUGUACUGGCUGGUGAAGAACCAGUGGGGGACCUCGUGGGGCGAGAGUGGCUACAUGCGCAUCGCGCGCGGGAGCAGCGCCCGCAACUGCGGCAUGACCAACAACUACGUCUACUACGCGACCAUGGACCCGUACUAGCUAGCAUCGAUCCAUCCCAAAGAAUCGUGGAGUAUCAUUUAUCAGCGAUCCAUCCGUCAUUGGAUCAUCGUAUCGCUCCUUGAAUCUUGCCGAGCACACCUUCCAGUCUUUCGACCGACUGGACCGGUUUUGCCUUUUACUGCAUCAUAAAAAGAAAGUCAUGUACAGCUCGUGAAUGUUGUAAUUUUCAGCAAAAAAAUACAUAUCGCUCUGUAAGCUAGGAUGCAUGAUACUCCGUCCCUCCGAUCCUAAAUUAUUGUUGAAAUAUUACAUGUAUCUAGACGUUUUUUAAUAAUAGAUACAUCCAUAUUUGAGCAAAUUUGAGUCAAGAAUUUAAAAUCGGAGUACUUCACAACUCCACUAACACUUUCAACUUCAAUUUUUGAGUUUUUGGCAAAGUGGAGCUCAGAAAUCUCUAGUUCAUUUUGGUGAUGCUACAAAAUGUCUUCACCAACUUCACUCCAAUCCCGCGGCCCCUCAUGGCCUCAUCUCUUAUAUGCCCUUGGAGCUCAUCUUGUCCCUUAUAUCCUCCAUGGCAAAACACUC